CUCACAGUCUCAGUCAGGGUUCAGAUCAGCGCUCAGUCUCACAGUCUCAGUCCGGAUUCAGGCGCGUCACGAUUCAUAUCAGACCUCCGUCAUGAAGUCUGCCUCCGUCUUUCUGUCUCUGGUUCCGGUUCUGCUCCUCCUCUCGGACCGGGUCUCUGCGGGUCCGGGCUGCGGACCGUGUGACCCGGCUCAGUGCGCUCCUCUCCCGACGGACGGCUGUCCCGCCGGUUCUCAGCUGGACUCCUGCGGCUGCUGCUCGGUGUGCGCCGCUGCGGAAGGAGAGCUGUGCGGCGGCCGCCGCGCGGCAGCGCGCCGCUGCGGCCCCGGACUGGAAUGCAUCAAAAGCAAUGAGGACAAGAAGAGCAAGCUGGGCGUGUGCGCGUGCAAGACCAACUACGAGGUCUGCGGCACCGACGGGGUCACGUACCGGAGCGGCUGCGCACUGAAGAGCGCCAACCUGAAGGCCGAGAGGGAGGGCAAAGAGCCAAUCAGCAUCCAGAACAAGGGCCGCUGCGCCUCAGCUCCGGUCAUCGUCACCCCUCCAGGUGAGGUGUACAACGUAAGCGGCUCUCAGGUGUACCUGAGCUGCGAGGCGGUGGGUGUGCCCACACCUGUCCUCACCUGGAAGAAGGUCCUCAGUGGGAAGAGGAGGAUGGAGCUUCUUCCUGGAGACAGAGACAACCUCGCCAUUCAGACAAGAGGAGGACCAGAGAAACACGAAGUGACCGGCUGGGUGCUGAUCUCCCCUCUGACCAAAGACGAAGAGGGAUCGUACGAAUGUCACGCCACCAACUCCAAAGGAGAAGCUUCAGCUGUCGGCGCCAUUCACCUGGUCGAGUCCAUCGAUGACAUCAUCGUCAAGAAAGUGACGAAGGAGGACGAGCUGUGAUCACCUGAUCAGAGAGGAGGACGUCACAGGAAACGGCUGAGGACGUUUAAAACUCAGUGAAAUCUGAUUUUCUUUCUUCUUUGUUUUCAUGUUCUGAUUUUAAAAUAAACAUUUCGAUGAAUAA